AUGUUGAAACCAACCUACAUUGAGCCAGCACCAUACAAGCUGGAGGAAUUGACCAUCGACCACAACGUUCCUCACUUCAGACAGUCAUCCAAGUCCUACAACCCGCAUCCCCAGCAGCUAGAGUUCAGAGGAAAUUCGUUUGUGUCACUACUAAGAGCCCUGGACGGCCGCACCUUGGCGGAGACCCCGAAGUCCUCACCGUGUGUGUCUCCUGAAGUAGAAAGCUACUUUGCCCCAUUAGUCGUUAAGAAACAGCGAAGAGAUCGCGUGGUGACAGCUUUCGAUACCCUUGAAUCCUCAGAGAGUAACGGCAUGUCGCCCCCAAUGGUCAACUCGACUAGCCCCAUCACUCCAGAAUCAUCUGGCCUUCACAGUACCAUUCCGGGAAGUACCCCUUUCGUCGCAGGAAAGAAACCUAUUUUAGAACGGGUUUCUGUCAGCAGCGGGGGACUCCCUGUUGGGAAGCUAUUCAUGGCAGACAUUUGGCAGGAUCAGGACCCGGAAACCCCAGACGUGGUGAACGUUUUGGUGAUGGAUUCCGGAAGCCCUGCCGUUGCUACGGCUAGUCCAGGCAAAACUGUGUCUCCAUCAGAUGCACUUGACAUGAUGAUCAAAUGUGGAGGCAGGGACGCCAGACUCUAUCAGGACAGUGCUGCGACGGCUGGGAUGACCACCACAACCCCCAAGCGCCACCGUGACCAGUGGAAGGCCAAAUGGAGUGAUACCAAGCGACAUAGCAAGGACUUCUUCAAGAAAGCCAAAAGAGGUCGAGGAGGAGCUGCAUUGAACAGAAGUGACUACUCAGAGUCUGUUUCUUCCCUUAUGGAAGAGACCAACAAUAGCUCCGGUGGAGCUAGGGCUCGCUUCAGCGGGGCCAGCGGGGGUAGCGGGGCCAGCGGGGUUAGUGGUGCCAGCCAGGCUAGCAGUACCAGUGCAGCUACAAGUAGUGUUGCCUGUUCUGACAAAGAGGAGGCCAAUGGUCCCAUUGGUAUUAACUUCACUGAUUUCAGUGGCGCUUAUUCCUACCAGGACAUGGUCACUGCUAGUGAAGGCACCCCGAGAGCGUGCCACUCGGAUCAUUUCGGCAGUUUGGAAGAGGACUUGGAGGACGGCGGAGAAGCCGAGUUGACAUCUUCCUACGAGCAUUUGUUCGAGAAAGAGUCACUUCGUACCAAGUUUUACAAGGUGUUCAAGAAGGGGACUUAG